ACUGACCAAGAUGACCCUCGUGCCCCUGCACCACGUGCACAGCUGAUCCUCUUUCAUCUCCUCUCACUACACCGGCCGCGUGAUCUCCAUGGGAACGUCGUCACGCACAAGGAAGUGAACGGGACUACUUGACAGUGAGCUUGCUUAGCAUGGCAGCAAAGGCAGUUCUGCCAAGGAGGGCCGACCCCACCGAGCUGAAAGCGAUAUUUGAAAAGUACGCCAGUGUCAAGAAGAAUGACGAGUGCUUCAUGUCACCGCAGGACUUUGUGACCCGUUUCCUCCAUGCCCACACAGACAUUAGGCUUUCAGAUGAGGCCACGGCGCUGUUGACUGGGGUGGUGGACCAGAAGAAAGAUGGGCUGAUCUCGUUCCAGGAGUUUGUUGCGUUCGAGUCGGUGCUGUGUGCCCCUGACGCCCUCUUCAUGGUUGCCUUCCUGCUGUUUGACAAAACAGGCAAUGGAAUGGCCACCUUUGAGGAUGUGAAGCAGGUCUUCAGCCAGACCACCAUCCACCAGCACAUCCCCUUUAACUGGGACUGCGAGUUCAUGCGGCUGCACUUUGGCACCGAGAGGAGCAAGCAGCUCAGCUAUGGAGAGUUCACCCAGUUUCUCCUGGAGAUGCAGCUGGAACACGCGCGGCAGGCCUUCGUGCAGCGGGACCGGGCCCACAGCGGCUCCAUCUCGGCCCUGGACUUCAGGGACAUCAUGGUCACCAUCCGACCGCACAUGCUCACACCCUUCGUGGAGGAGUGCCUAGUGGCGGUCGCAGGGGGCAGUACGUCUCACCAGGUCAGCUUCUCAUACUUCAACGGCUUCAACUCGCUGCUCAACAACAUGGAGCUGAUCAGAAAGAUCUACAGCACGCUGGCUGGCCAUCGCCGAGACCUGGAAGUCACCAAAGAGGAGUUCAUUGUGGCAGCUCAGAGGUUUGGCCAGAUCACUCCUAUGGAGGUGGACAUCCUCUUCCAGCUGGCUGACCUGUCAGAACCACGUGGACGUGUUGGUUUAGUGGACAUUGAGAAGAUCGCUCCGCUGGAGGAAGGCGCCCUGCCCUACAACUUGGCCGAGGUCCAGAGACAGGGACGGCACGCUGGGCGGGGCAGACCAGACAAGGCAACAGCAAUCGGGCAGCGAUGCCUCCCGCCCCAUCCUCAUCCAGGUGGCAGAGUCGGCCUACAGGUUCACCCUUGGCUCGGUGGCAGGGGUUUUCUUUGUAUGUGUCCGUCCUACGGGCUGAGUCGUGAGAUGAGGCCGAGGCGACGGGCGACGUCUUCCUCAACACUGACCCCACAGUACUUUCCCCUUUCCUCUUUUUCCUGCUCUUCUCCUCAAUCUCCAUCUCCAGUCACACCUUGCUCAGCUGUGGGUGCCACAGCGGUGUACCCCAUCGACCUGGUGAAGACGCGCAUGCAGAACCAGAGGACUAGCGGCUCCCUAGUGGGAGAGCUCAUGUACAAGAACAGCUUUGACUGCUUCAAGAAGGUAGUGCGCUACGAGGGCUUCUUCGGCCUCUACCGAGGUCUGGUACCACAGCUACUGGGUGUGGCGCCCGAGAAAGCCAUAAAGCUCACAGUGAACGACUUUGUGCGAGGGAAGACCAGACAGAAAGACGGCACCGUCCCUCUGGCUGCUGAGAUUUUGGCUGGUGGUUGUGCUGGUGGCUCUCAGGUGAUCUUCACCAACCCUCUGGAGAUAGUGAAGAUCCGUCUGCAGGUGGCAGGAGAGAUCACCACGGGGCCCCGGGUCAGCGCCCUGUCUGUCAUUAGGGACCUGGGCUUCUUCGGACUCUACAAGGGUGCCAAGGCUUGCUUCCUGCGGGACAUCCCAUUCUCAGCGAUCUACUUCCCCUGUUAUGCCCACACCAAGGCCUACCUCAGUGACGAGGAUGGCAGGAUAGGGCCAGGCAAGAUGCUGUUUGCUGGGGCACUGGCAGGCAUGCCGGCGGCCUCUCUGGUGACCCCGGCAGAUGUGAUCAAGACCAGGCUACAGGUGGCGGCGCGCGCCGGCCAGACCACCUACAGCGGCCUGAUGGACUGCUUCUGGAAGAUUCUCCGGGAAGAAGGGCACCGAGCCUUCUGGAAAGGAGCUGGAGCUCGAGUUUUCAGAUCCUCGCCUCAGUUCGGAGUCACCCUGGUGACCUAUGAACUCCUGCAGCGGUGGUUCUACAUUGACUUUGGAGGACAAAAGCCGGCUGGCUCGGAGCCCACCCCCAAGUCUCGGAUCAGCCUGCCGGCGCCCAACCCCGACCACAUCGGAGGCUUCAGGUUGGCCGUGGCCACGUUCGCUGGCAUCGAGAGUAAGUUUGGACUCCACCUCCCACGCUACACGGUGCAGGCCUCGCCCCCCUCCCACAUGAGCACCCCCUGAACUGCUCGCUCCGUCUGUCCGCAGGGUGGGGGUGGAGGGGGGGAGGAUGGGGGAGUGAAAAACAGGGCUAUGUUUUUCAUACAUGCACUGAUAGAGACAGACUAGUCUUUUGUUUCUAGGAUUUUAAUUUAUUUAUGUGUUGCUGUUUUUUUUUUUUUUUUGUCUUUUAAAAACAUCAUAAUCUGUGAAACGUUCCAGUUGUAUGGUAGUCUAUAUGCAACCAUGUUGGUUAACACGCUACGUGACACCGGCUACUCAAAGAUGUAUUUGUGGUAGAACUGGUGUGCAGUGUUCUUUUUAAUUUAGGCGGUCGUGUUUGAUUGAGAUUGUAUAGGAUUUUACAUUCUGGUUGUUUUUCAUGCGGGGCAGUCGUACAUGCACACAGAAAGCAGAAGGGCUGGCAGAAGUUGGAUUGCACCUAGACCGCUUACUUUCUGGGAAAUAAUAUCAAUAACUAGAUAGAUGCAGCUGUUUCCAUUGUCUUCCAUUUGUUGCUUUAUAUUUAAAAGAAAAAAAUCUCCCCCAUCAUGUGGUCACACUAUUUGUUAAACAGGAAUAAUUCAUCAGAAAGUAAUAUAGCACACAUCAUACCGCCCUACUGUAUAUAUGAGAAACCAGAGAGACAUAUUUUCAUAUUUAUACUGCUUUUAUGGUCCUAUGUUGCUUUCUCAAUAUGUGGUAAUUGAUUAAAUAUAUCUACAAAGAAUAUGACCAAAAAGUGAUUGAAUGUAAAGCCACAGCGUAACAUACUGACUGUACACAGUGUUUGCUGUCUAAGGUGUUUGGUUUCAGAUCUCCAUGUGCUCAGAUGUUGUAAAAAUGUCGAUAAGGGAGAUGACACAGACUGCAGUUGUGUAGUGUGUAUGUGUCACGAUCGAGUAUUGGAAAUUGUACAGUACAGAGAAUGUAGUAUGUAUAUAUGGUGUGUAAUAAUUGUGCCUUACUGUAUGUAUGGCAGCAAUAUGUGUACUGAGAGUAAAGAGAAACUUACAUUAGUAAA